UGGAGGCCCAGUACGGCCUUUUUCCCUCAAUUCGCUCUCGGUCGACUCUCUGGACGGGCCGACGCGACCUGGAAGACGGAAGUUCCCCUAGGCUCGCCGCCACCGGCGGCUGCCCCCUCCGCUCCCGCCUUCCCGGACCCCCCUCGGCGGCUCCCCGGCCUCCCCCCCACCGCUUCCUCCACCACUCCCCCUCCCUUCGAAUCCUCUCCGGCUCAGGCAAGAGAGCUGAGCUGCAGGCUUGCUACGUCUCUCGGCGGCUCGGCCGCUCGGGCGGCCACCGCGCAAGCUCAGAGCAGGAGCAGGAGUAGGCGCUGUUGCAGCAGUCCAGCAGCCAGCAACAGCACUACACAACACAAGAAGGAGUGCAGGAAGUUCAAAAAGGCUGCAUACAGAAAUAGCAGUUCAGGAGGAAACACCUGGAUGACCCUUCGUGAAACAGAAUCACGGUGGUAGAUGCUAAAUAUUUAUGUAAGAAACCGAUCUAACAAAGGUACCCUACUGCACACUUCCACUAAAUUGUUUGUCUUCCCUCCUACACUCCGAUUGCUAUUAAAGCAAACGGAAAUCAGCUAUCUACAUGUUUAUUCAAUCCUAGGAAAGCCACUUUCCCUGCUUAUCUUAUUAUGUACAUGAUAUAUACCAUCUCCUUUAGUUCAUCAUGUAAGAAUCUAUUUAUGUUUCGAACUAUUUGUAUUGGAAUAUAUAUAUUAAACUACAAUACUGUGAAACGAUUGGCUAUUUGUAUAAUUCAUUUCGCAAAUUUUUAUCGCACUUGGCUAGUGUGGAUAUUUUUCUUGGAGUGUGCCCACCCCGUAGUUUUUUCCUGCGUCUAAAUAAACUCCAUCAGUUUUGUGUUGGUUUACGAAUGUAGCCCUCCGACUUCGUCAACACUAGCGUGUAGCUCCUCUCCUUAAUAUAACUUAGCAGUAGUACAUCACUUACUAAGAAUGUGCCAUUUGUAAACAACGAGGUCCACAAGACUGGCCACUAGUGAUUGCUAGCCGGCCGGCUGGCCGGCCGGCUGGCUCAUCCGGUGGUUUUAUAUCCUCUACAGCAGUGAAGCACCAUCAUUCUGAAGCCAUCAUGAAGCGCAUCCAUCUCCUAAUCUCUUGCACUUGUUUCCUGCUAUCCGCCACUGCACCGGUGAGAGCUAACAUCCAGCGUGAAGCUGCAGCACUGGUGAAUUGGAAGGCUACCUUGGCAGGUGAUGAUGGCUCCCUUGCAUCAUGGUCGUUGCCCAACUCCACCAGCCUUUGCAGGUGGUUGCACAUCACUUGCGAUCCGAAGGCUGGGCAUAUCAUAGAGCUCGACCUACAGGACGUAAGUCUGAACGGCACACUUGACGAGCUCGACUUCUCGGCCUUUCCUCACAUGAAGGAACUAAGGCUUAACAACAAUGGUCUACACGGUACCAUUCCAACCGGGAUUGGCAAUCUGACAAGCUUGGUCAUAUUGGAAAUUGACACCAACCCGUAUUUGAGGGGCGCCAUUCCACGCAGCAUCGGCCAGCUGAAAAACCUUGUUCAACUGCAACUGGCAUUUUUGGGGCUCGAUGGCACACUACCUGAAGAGGUUGGUAACCUGACAAGCUUGGAGGCGCUUCAGCUCAACUCGGUUACUUUGACUGGAUCAAUCCCAGUAACAAUUGGGAUGCUCGUGAAGCUCGACUCUCUGGAUCUGGCACACAACAAUCUGACUGGCAGCAUCCCAUUGGAGAUUGGAAACAUGACAAAACUGCUGCUUAUGGACUUUUCGUGGAACUAUUUGGAGGGGCAGCUACCCAGUAGCAUGUCACAUCUGGCCAAACUCCAGUAUUUGGCUCUGUCAGGAAAUCAGCUUGGAGGCCAUAUCUUCCCUGAGCUUGGGAAUAGCAGCCUCCUGGAUACAAUCGAGAUUGCAAAGAACAACUUCUCCGGGUUGUUCCCGUCAUCCGUUUGUCAACGAGGAGCACUGAAAACUAUCAGUGCUGGAUAUAAUGGAUUUACCGGCAUUCAGCAGACCUUUCAAAACUGCACAACCCUGGUAAGUGUUGACUUCACGGCAAACAACAUUGUUGCAGAGCUAAGGGACUGCUUUGGCGAGCACCCAGAAUGGCUUGCAUUCAUGGCUUUCAGUCAAAACCAGCUGUAUGGCUCACUUCUGACAGAGCAGGGUGAGGCAUUUGUUUGUAACGUUACUUAUUUAUUAUACUUAGACCUUUCACACAAUGCUUUAAAUGGAGGUCUCCCCGAGUGUAUCGGGGACUUGCCAUUGAUAUUCAUGGAUCUGUCCGGAAACUCUUUCAGUGGUGUAGUUUCGUUCUCAUGCCAAGAUAGUCUUAACCAACUACACCUAGCCAAUAACCAUUUCCGAGGGACUUUUCCUUUGUGUCUUAAGAAAUGCAAAAACCUUAUCACUCUAGAUCUUGGAGGCAAUCAUUUCUCUGGUACGAUACCUUCCUGGUUAAGCAGGAGCUUGCCUGGACUGAGAUUUCUUCUACUGUCAUCAAACAUUUUUUACGGCAUCAUACCCCACCAGAUAUUACAAUUUCGUGAACUCCAGUUAUUGGACUUGUCAAAAAAUAGGCUCACUGGGUCCAUUCCAGAUGAUUUUACCAAUUUUACUGGCAUGAUACAAGAACAAGAACCCAUUGAAAUCGAAUUCUUGUACAAAGGCUUUGAUAGAGAGGUGAUUGAAAUAAUUUGGAAAAAUGCCGGUCAUGCUUACAAUCUGUGGAAGGGAGUCAUGGUGGGUAUGGACUUGUCUGACAACUUUCUUUCAGAAGAGAUACCUAAUGGGCUCACAACCCUUCUUGGACUCAGGUACCUGAAUUUGUCAGGAAAUCAUCUGUUAGGCUGUAUUCCCAACGACAUGGGUAAUCUGGUUCUGCUAGAAUCAUUGGACCUUCGGCAGAACCAGCUCUCGGGGGGAAUUCCUCCAAGCUUUGCAGCUUUGAUGAGCCUCAGUGUUCUGAACCUCUCGUAUAAUGGAUUGUCAGGGAGAAUACCUACCGGCAGACAGCUGCAGACGCUGGUAGAUCCGUCAAUAUACAGCCACAACCUAGGGCUAUGUGGUUUCCCAUUGGAAGGCUGCAUGAACUCAUCAACGUCUACACGAAACGAAGUGGGCCAGGCUGUAGAUAGAGAGGCACUGUGGCUGUAUUGCUUUGUGGCUGCUGGAUUCGUCUUUGGGUUCUGGCUGUACUGGGGCAUGUUCUUGUUCUACAGCGAGACCUGGAGGUGUGCGUUCCAUCAGUAUGUGGACAACAUGCAAGGGAAGGCAACCAAGAAAAUAUACAGCUGCAUGUCAUGCUUCUGGAGCACCGUGUGGUGCUGAAGUAAUGUCGAGCAUGUCUGUAAUAUUUCCCCUGUAUUUGCUAUGCAAUACCUUGGCCCUUAAUGACAGAAUGAGGAAGUGCACCAUGUGGUGUUGAAGUAAUGUCGAGCAUGUCUGUAAAAGUGUAAAUGUAUAUUACCAAGAAAAUAUACAGCUGAAGUAGUGCACCUUGGCCCUUAUUUUCCUUGUAUUUGCUAUGUAGUACAUUGAAAUGCAUGGAGUUUUUUGUGGUUACAGACGAGCUUUCAAAA